UGUUAUCGGAGCCGACUUGUGUAAUAAAAACAAGACAAAAUUGUGUUAAAAUUUCCGUAAAUGCCGUGGACUUAUUAAUUAGUAAUUGAUAAUUGAACCAGAUUUUGUACUGCACCCAGAAGCAACUGGUGAAAAGGAUCCCCGACAAAUGAGCCCGAAAAGGAGUCUGAACUUGAGACUGGGAUCGGACGUCUAUUAACCCCAUGCUGCCCGCCAUAAUUUUCCGGCAGGUGCAGCGGCCACUGCAUCAUGGAGCCGCCACUUUGGAGCACGUCCUGGGCGUCGGCGGCAGUAGCUUCGUGAACUGCCUGAAUCGCUAUGCCGCCGCCACGGGAUUCAUCCGGAUCUCGUUCCUGGACAUCAAGCGUCGGCGGAACUAUGAGUUGGCCCGCCUCCGGCUUUAUGCCGAUGCCAAGAAGCAGUCGCUCCAUCUGCGCACCCUGCAGGGCCGUCACCUUCUGCAGGGCGUCAUCGAGAGGAAGAACUUCCUGGUCGAUGACAUCCGGGAGGCGAGGCACAAGGUCCAGGAGCGAGUGCGCGAGAAGAUCGACGAGAUCCGCGAGGAGCGGGAGAAUAUCAUGACCAUACCCAACAUGUUGACCAUCAGCCGUGCCGUCCUCUCCCCCUACAUAGGAUAUGUGAUCGUCCAAGGGGAUUUCACACUCGGAAUGAGUCUUCUAGCCUUCGCUGGGGUCACGGAUCUGUUGGAUGGCCAGAUCGCCCGUCGUUGGCCCUCGCAGGCGAGCAAGUUCGGCUCUUUCCUAGACCCCAUGGCCGAUAAGUUGCUGAUGGGCUCGCUGGUCAUCGCUCUGUGCUACACAGAUCUGCUGCCCAUGUGGCUCGCCGGAAUCGUGGUCUUCCGGGAUGUGUUCCUCCUGGGAGCUGGAUUUGUUAUUCGCUACAUAAGUCUGCCACCGCCGAAAACCUUUUCGCGCUAUUUCGAUGCCACCCAUGUUACUGCUCAGCUGGAGCCCACGCUCCUCAGCAAAAUCAACACGGGCGUGCAGUUGGCCACCAUUGGCCUCAGUUUGGGGGCUCCAAUUUGGAACUAUUCGGAUCAUCCCGCCUUGCAGGGCCUUUGGUAUUUAACUGGCCUAACUACGGCUGCCACUGCCGUCAGCUAUUUACUGAAUCGGCGAAAUACAUUUAAGAUUAUCCAGAAAAAGACGUAGGACCGGGCAUUUCCGAUAUACAAAUAUCUGAACACUACAAGGAGUAGUUACUCUCCUUAAGCAAUGAUUAGUAUGUAUUGUGUUUUCUAAAUGACUACCAUCUAAAA